CUUAGCAACCACGUUGUUUGGCUGCUGGUCAACAGACAACUGUUGGCGGUAAAACAGUGUCAAUAAAUAUUUCCACAUUAGGAAAACACGUUAUUUAAACAGCUGAUAGGAUCAUUUGUGUUUGAUUUUUAGUGUCCCAUAACAAUUUUUAUGCGACAGCCGCCAUCGUCCUCUUUUGUUCCCCAUUCAUGACGCGACGUCAGAUGUGACGACGUAAACCGUGAGCCGUCGACCGAGCAGGCGGCUGGCCCUUUAAGGUUUCUGUAGCGGGGCUAGCCGAUGUAGGACGAGCCGACCGAGCGUCUGCCUGCCUGCUCUUCCGCUGUCAUCCCCAUCAUGGCCUCCACACAGCCGCCACCGACAGCACCGAGGAUGAACCGACCAGCCAGCGGCCCUUCCCUUCCUGGAGCGGAGACGGACGUCAAGCCGAAGCAGAGGCACCGGUAGAGGCGAGCCGCGCCGGGGAGAACCGCCUCACAUCCCAUGCCACCCCGGUCUCCUCCAUGCCUUCGCCUAAAACCAAGUACAGCUAUUCGAUAAAGAGGGGUGCGAACCCGGGCGGCUGCGGCGGCGGCGGCGGCGGCGGCGGCGGCAGAAACAUGACAACGAACAGGGAUUAUUCUGUUAAUCUGUCGGUGCAGCAAGUGCUGAGCCUUUGGGUGCAAGGCACGACGCUGCAGCACUUCACAGAGAUGUGGUACUGGGUGUUCCUGUGGUGUCUCUUCUCCUCGCUCUUUGUCCACGGGGCGGUGGGGCUGCUUAUGUUGGUCAUGCUGCAGCGCCACAAGAGGGGCCGCCUCAUCACCUUGGUGCUGGUCAGUGUUGGUUUCCUGGCCUCCCUCUCCGGAGGCGUCAUCACCAGCGCAGCAGUGGCAGGGGUGUACCGCGUGGCAGGAAAGGACAUGGCACCACUGGAGGCUCUGGUGUUCGGUGUGGGUCAGACCACCCUCUCUGUCAUCAUAUCCUUUUCACGCAUCCUGGCUACUCUGUGAAGUGAAACCCACGCCAGUUGCUGAGACGAGGGCAAAUGAAGAGACUUUUGGGUUCUCGUCAUGGUCAGGUUUGUGGAAAGAGAGGAGAAAUUUCUCCGGACCUUUAAGCAUGGUUGCAGGAGAGACCUCUCUGCUUUGUUACUGCCACAAUUACACUGCAAUUUAGAGAGAACUCCAUGCAGUUCAAUUGUCUUCGUGUCAGAGAGCACCAACCCUAAUCUUCUGGACUUGAAAGCCAUGCUUAGGAUGUUUCCAGAGUUACAUCACUUCUUUGUGCCAACAACCUUCUCUGGGACUUUCAGAUGCCUUUGCGCCCACUGACUCUUGAAGGCUUUCUGUUGCAUUUGUCGGAGGAAAAACCCUCUUUUUUUUAAAACCGUAGGGUGACAACCUGUAAUGAUUGCCUCUGGUGAUCAACGUGAGUACAAAUGUUGAGCAAUGGGGGUGUUUUAGAGAGUGACAACCCAACAGUGUUCAACAGCAAAAAAACAUUUUCUUCAGUGUUGAAUAUCAGCUGACGUUCAAGUACAGAUGAUCAUUCCUGUUGCUUAAAAGAUGCACCAUCCAACUCACAAGCUUUGAAUUAUGCACAUUGUAAAUGUUGGAGAUGCUCUUUGCCGCAGAGGUGUGAAAUCAGUAGACAUGGAAGAGAAAACCAGCAUCAGCACUUCAUUUGGUUUGUCUUGUUGAAAUAUUGUUACAUUGAGUGCCAAUGAGAACUCAGACCUGGGAAAUAUGCGCAUUGCACUUUUGUACUAAAAGUUAAAUGAGAAGACUCCACUCUCAUGUCUGUCUGGUAAAUAUAUGAAGCUACAGGGGAAACAGCUAGCCUGUCUCUGCCUACCAGCAGCUCUAAUGCUAAGACAUUAACUACUAUAGUCCAAAAACGACGGUUUCACAGGGAGGUUAUGUGCUUGUGGAGUCGAGAGCAGUUGAUUCUAGCUAUGUAAUAAUUGGCCACCUCCCUGUAAUACAUUCAGUUGUUGUUUUAACUCUUCAUGUUAAACAUACUACAUAUAACAUGUGAAUCAAUGAGCUUUAGAGGUGCUGGUAGGUGGAUUUUGUUACCUUUGGACAGAGCCAUGCUAGCUGUUUAUCUGUUUUCAGUCUAACUGUCUGCUUGUUCUAGCUACAUGUUUGCCAUGCAGACAUCAGAAUCCUCCUUACCCCUUAAAAGAGGUAAGGAGCUGGACGAGCCCUCAGUAUUGCAGAGGGGUUCAAUUUGCAUUGAACAGCUUUGAUUCAGGUCUGGUUAGCCUAAGAUUAGGAUCAGGUUAAAGGUCAUCAGGUCAUAUAAAGGGUUGUUUUGCUGCUUGAGAUAGACAUAUUUUCAGACUAACUUUAUCGUGUCUGUGAGUCUGUUUGCAGAUUUUCUGGCCCACCGUAGUAUUACUAACAACUACGGCAUCAUUGGAAAGCCUUCCCUCCCUGAAGAAGGUCAGACAGAUUGUGCUGUGGCUCCCUCUUUUCCUUGUUUUCUUUAUUAACCCAUGUUCCUUAAGUUUAACUUUGCAUUUUGCACUGAAAUGAAUCUGCCUUGUUUUAGCACAGUGUUUGAUGAAAAUACUCCAGUGUGACACCUGUCCAGUAUCCACAGUUCACAGAAAUCACAGAAGAAGAAAACGCAAAAAUCAGUGAUAAAUGACACUGGUGAACGAACUGUAAAAGAUGAUCUAUGAACAAAUGUGCUUGAAGCUACUGUAUUUAGUCCAGCUGGUUUGUCAUGUUGAUGCAUUAGUUGAAGUUCCUCAGAAUGAAACAAUACACUGAUCUUAUUUUAGCUUGAAGCUCUGGGCCCUUUAGUCAAACAUAUUCUCUUGUGCACAGUGCUUAACCAGGGUGAGGGCAGUUAGGUUGUAAUGCCAAAGUGUCGCUCACAUGCUAGCUUUAUUUACCACGUUUGUCUCAUUUCAUUUUAUAUUAAUUUAUUUGUUGUAUUCAGUUCUAGAAACUUUGCACAUUGGCUCGGGUAUCAAACAGCUCCCAGACGUGGCACAACUCUACCAAACCACAGCAGAAAUGAAUUAGACAAAAAUAAUAGAUGUGUGUCUGCCAUGUGCUUUUGAAAGCUCUGAAAGGUAAACACCAUGUAUUCUUUGGAGUUAUGUAAUUGACAUAACUCAGCUUCAGUACUAGCUUAGCACACAAGAUGGUGAUAUUGCACAGAAAUUAAGUGAUUCUGGUUUUUAAAAUGAUGAAGUGUGAUGAGUUUUUUGAAACAGACAUUUGGAGGAAUAAAAGUUUUUUUAUCCUAAUUUUCUCCCAAAAUGAAAAGUGUCAAAUUAGAGAGAAAUCAUCUCCCCCUUUUAAUCUUGUGAACGCUCUGCUCCGCACAUUGCCCGUAAUAACUGUUUAGCUGAACUUCAGGGACCAAAUGUGAGCCGCUGUCGAUGACUCACCUGCUGUCAUAGAAAUGAUAUCUCUGUGAAGCUGUUUGUGGGGCAGUUUCUGCAUGUUUGUGUGUAUGUAUGGUUCAUAAGAGACAUGUGAGUGUUAUUGCUAUAUUCUGUGUUGAUCUGUGUGGUUGUGCAUGUGAGUAGUGUCACAGGAUGUUAAUUUCUUUUCUGUGCUUAGAGGGGUUUGUUUCCCGUUCUUUAAUGGACCCAGAAAGUGUCAGAAAGCGUGAGGACCUGAUUGUAGUGAGACACUGUGUUCACUGAGCAGUGUCUUACAUAAUGUGUUGGAAACCUUUUUAUUUGAUGUGUGAAGAGACUUCUGCCGAUGAAACUGCAAGAACUGUCAGACUGGACUGAAGAUGAUAGAUGAGUGCACUUAAUGUACACCCUGAGCUGUACAUAGCUAUAGUGUACAAGUGUAACCAACAGCUGAUAUGAACAAACUAACCACUGGAUAGUAGUUUGAUAUUCACACAGUCGGAGGAUUUACACCUAGUGCCAUGAUCACUCGUGAUAAAUAUUGUUUUUCUUUCCAAUCCAGGUUCUGUGAUUCAGCCGCUGUCUGUGGCUGUGUGACCGUGUGUGUGUACUGCAAUAUCUAAGGAGACACCCAGCAACUAAAUAUCCUCUCUAGACUUUAAAAAUGCCAUCGAACUGCACUGAGACACCCAGCUCAAUAAUCGUGUUUCUUUCAUAGGCUUAGAACUAAAGCUUUCCCCUCAGUCUCCUGUCGUCCAAAUGCCACAUAUUCCCCCUGGACACAGACUGUACCUGCUGCAAUUGCAUGUGCAGUGCAGAUAAGGUGUGAAUGGACUAUACGGACAAUCCAACAAGAGACAGUGUUGUACAAAACCCAAAGUGGCACUUGUAGAUAAUGUACAAUAUAUUCUUUUUUAAUUUUGUACCAGCUAAACUGCUGAUAUUUAUAACUAUUGCCUAUUUAUGUACAAAUUGUUCUCUGUACAUACUCAACAGUCAGUUGAAAUAAAAUCUUUUGCAGUAUAAACAAUAUAAAAGGAUUGCUCUCUCCAUUCAUUACUGUCUUCAUAGAUGUGUAUGGAUCUGUAGAUUCAUCUUAUAAUGCAGCAGCAGUGGCUGUAUUCUCAUUUACAGAAUCAUUGGUGAUAACGUGGGUCACUUUUCCCUCGUCAUCCAUGUGCUGUUGUCCUCCUCUGUGCCUUUGUAGUUGACCAUCAUUCUUCUUUCAGAUCAUUUUUGGAUAAGCUGCAGUAAAUCAUCUCUUUAAAGGCUAAAAAAUCUUCUGUGGAGUCCAAUCUUGAAAGUGAGGAAUUUAUUUUGCAGAGCUGGUAACAGCUCCGGAGCAUUUGUUCAAAAGUAUUGAAAGGUGUUAAAUGAACAUAUCGAAGUAUAUUUACUCAACUAUUGUACUUAGAAAGAUAGUUCUGAUUUUAAAUGGGGUUGUAUGAAGUACUUCUACAUAGUGCAGACAGCAGUCAGUGUGCUCCCAGUUUUGAGUAGCAAACAGAAGUCACAUCAUUAAAAUAGAGCAAAGCACUGUUGUGGACAAGGUCAGCAGAAAAACCUGUUUUAAAUGGCUCAUUUUAAGCUUUAACUCACCAUCAGUCAGCCCUUCAUCUUGGUGCUACACUGUCUCAUUUGUAAAAUUUACAUAUUUCUACAGUGAAGCGUGACUGAGCUGCACACGGCAUAUUACCCUCACUCAAAUGAAUAGGAAAGUCGGAUCCUGUCUGAAUCCAGCCUCAUGCUGCAGACCUGGUGAGAAUAUGCUUACUAUAGUGUAUACUUUAUAAAAUGGCUAAAACAUGUGUUUCUGCUGAUCCUUCCAAAGCAGUGCUUUGGUCUACAUCGGUGUCAGGACUUUUAGCUGCUUCUCCAAACUGGGGUCAUGCUGACCAUCAAAUUUUUUUCUUUUUGAUUUUGAUGAGAGUGUGCAGCUGUUGGCUGCACUUGGUUUGAGGUCGGUUUCAAUCAGGAAAAAAAUGGUGGCCUGUCUAGUCUUAAAAGUUCUUUGAAGCCGUAAGAACGCAGUUAGCAGUAACUAAAAUGUGAAAAUAUUUGAGGAGAGAAAUAGUUAAUGCAGUUACAGAAUCUGGAUUGAUAUUUGAUCACGGCCUAGUCUGACACUUUGAUCAGUUUCAUAAUCCAGGUAAAACUAGAGACUGAGAUGCAUGAGGUAAAUGUUUACUGAUGUAAUAAAUAAUAAGUCAUUAUUUUCCAUAAGUCUCGAUGCAAUCAGAGUCCCCCCUGUGCAGGCCAUGUUAAUUAACACUAAACACGAGUCCAGAUGAGGCUGAUGGGAAUGCCAUUAGUAUUGCAGGUGUUUCUAAAACAAAGUUAUUACAAUUCAUCUACACUCUGCUGUACUCAGAAACUAAAUUCACAGCCUCAUGGUGGUGCUACAGAAAUAAAUCAGGAGAUCAUCAAACAUUUAGUGUUUCUAUACAAAAUGAUGUGGUAAUACACACAAUAAUUGUUCACAUAUUUCAGUCUGGACCAAAAAAGUAAAAAACCAACUGACAGAUUGUCAUCUUUUGAGCCAUAAUACAUAGCAUAGCAUAGCUCAAAGUGAUCUAAAAGUGUGAACUCUGAAGGCCUGUGAUUAACAUUAACUCUGACAUUGUGUUUAUUUUAGAGUAACUUAACAGUGAAGUCAUUGCCUCAGAAAUUGUCAUUGUUCUUGUGAUUUAAUAGGUCAUUAAUCCAAAAUCUAAUCUGUACAUCAUUAUUCAAUGUGUCUCUGUUUCUAUUGUCCUCUGGGUCACAAGCAUCAUCUCCAUUCGGGUCUUGUCUCCUGGUGGCACCGGGGCAGACGGAGAUCAUCAAAGAGGAGGCCACGACAUUGCACCAGACCUCCUGGCAGAGCUGUAAGCCACUGAAGCACUUUACUUUGCUGUACAUGCUCUGCUGCAGCAACCGUUUUUAGAAAAAGCUAAAUGUGUGUUUUGUCUGCACUGGGCGUGAGGAAGUUGGCUGUUUUCAUUUGGUGGUAUGACACCCAAAAAAAAGCUUCCAGUACGUGAUGCAUCAUCAUUGUAAUGACAGGGGCAGACUCCAUGACUGAACAAAAUACAAUUGAGAUUCAGACACACACAAUGCUUAUUCUCAUAUCUGAUUUGACAUUUUGUUGCUAUUCCAGCUGUGUGAUGUGCUUUCCUCCCUGUUUGAAAGGCUUUGACCACCAGAUACAAGGAUCAAGGCUUUCUUUGAAAAUCUCAGCACAGCCUGUUGUUCAUGCUGAAUGUAAUGUGUUUAUAAUUCUGUGGAGGAGGAGGAGAAGGAGGAGGAGGUGGAGGAGGGGACAAUGAAUAACUGUGAUGGAAUUUAAUCAGCAUGCUUGUGUAUUUAAAAGGACAAAGGUCCUGAGUUGUUAUCACCUUGUUUUUUGUUAUUUUAUUCUUUAAUGGCAGAGAACAGAGUCUGUGACUCCUGUUUCCACUCAUCAGCAGCGGCAUGUGGACGGUACUUUCAUAACCAAUAUGAGAGAAAGGGUGAGCAGAGCUGAUAAGAGGUCAGUAGAUGCAGGAAGUGUUUCAUAAGAAGCCAGGGAUGUGGAGGAAUGUGGCUUUGGUAUAAGCCACGUUCCCAAAAGACAGUAAUAUUUAUGCUCUUAAAUGACCUUAAAUCACUGCAUCAAUGCAUGUGUGUGUGUGUGGUCAUCCACACCAAAAUAAAAUGUUGGUAUUUUUCA